AUGUCCCAUUCACAGGCUUCUUUAGUUAAUUCUAUAACAGAGGGAAUAAAGCUGCAGUCACAAAACCGACCGCAGCGCUCGAGAAAAAAUCACGAAGAGAACAGUAAUCAGUCGAACUCAAAUGGAAAUUCGGAACCAGCGCAAAACGGGAGCAGUUCCUCCGUGCCCAAAGAUGGGACAUCGUCAACCGGUAACCCCACUCCGCCUGGGCAAUCUACUUCCAACCCAGCGUCGGUUCGAAGUACGCCAUCUCCAGUACCUUCAAAUGUAAGCUCUGUGUCAAAAAACACAAGCAUAACUAAAAGGGCAAAAUCUAUUCUCACAUCGGAACGCAGUGAGGAAAGUGAAUCUAGUGAUGGCAGAACUGAAGGAGAAAAUUCAAUGGAUACAGAAGGGGAGGGGGAACCGCUAAACCCCAAUGAAAUAGAGUUAGUAUUUAAGCCUCAUCCCACAGAAAUGACUGGAGAUAACCAACUUAUGAGAGCUUUAAGAGACAGUUCCGUCAGAUAUCUGAAGACCACUGCUAAUGCUUCUGUGGACCAUCUGAGUAAAUACUUAGCAAUGCGCCUCACAUUAGACUUAGAUGCAGAGUUGCCAGAAGCAUAUCGCCUUCUCAAUUUCUGUAUCUAUGUUGCUCCAUCACCUGGUCAAUUUGUCCCACUGGCUGGAUCUCAAACGCUGAGACAGAUCAAUGACAAAUUUUGGAAAGUAAACAAGCCACUGGAAAUGUACUAUUCAUGGAAAAAGACU